CACAGACGUCGCGGCCCCACCCUCCAGCCUCAGAUCUAGAUCCCCCUCCUCCACCUUUCGAUUAUCUUUUCGUCUCCUCCUGAACCAACAUCAACACCACAUCGAUCGACAGCGAGGAAGGAGAAGCAACCCCCACCCCGGCCGCCGCCGCCGCAGCCGCCGACGGCCAGGUGACCCACCAUCUCCUCCUCCGUCCGCCGCAGCCGCCACCACCAUCAACCAGCCAUGUUCGGCGCUAACAAUCCAUUCGGGCAGUCAUCUGCCAGCCCUUUUGGGCAGACGUCAACCAACCCCUUCGGGACCCAACAGGGCUUUGGCCAGCCCAGCACCACCAACAACAAUCCCUUCGCACCCAAACCCUUCGGCAGCCCGACCCCUGCAUUUGGGGCGCCGACAGGGACCACCUCGCCUUUUGGCGCUACCUCCACCUUUGGCCAGCCAUCCGCUCCGGCCUUUGGCGCCACAUCAACUGGCGCCUUUGGCCAGCAGUCCACCCCGGCCUUUGGCGCUACGUCCACUGGCGCCUUCGGCCAGCAAUCCACCCCUGCGUUUGGCUCUACAUCCACUGGUGCCUUUGGCCAGCAACCCACCCCGGCGUUUGGCGCUACAUCUACCGGUGCCUUUGGCCAGCCAUCCACGCCUGCAUUUGGCACCCCGUCGUCCUCUCCGUUUGGGAGCUCCACGCCAGCUUUUGGUUCAUCGCCAGCCCCGGCGUUUGGCGCCACAUCCUCUAACUUUGGUGGUGGAUCUUUAUUCGGACAAAAGCCAAGCUUUGGGGGUUUUGGAUCAUCUCCUAGCCAGUCUAGUCCAUUUGGUAGCACAUUUCAGCAAACACAGCCAACAUUUGGCAACAGCACUUUUGGCACCACAACUACGCCGGCCUUUGGUUCCACAACGACGGCAGCAUUUGGCUCCACAACAGCUCCAGCAUUUGGCUCCACAACAACAUCCUUAUUUGGUGGUGCCUCCAGCACCCCAGCAUUUGGUUCGACGCCCUUUGGUUCGAACACAACUCCUGGUUUUGGAUCUUCAGGUACUGGAGCAUUUGGUGUGAAUAGUGCUCCAGCUUUUGGAACUUCAACCACACCAGCAAGUGCUUUUAAUUUUGGUUCUUCACCGUCUUUUGGACAAUCAGCAGCAGCAACUGGUAGCACCCUCUUUGGAACAAAUUCACCCUUUGGAGCACAAACUUCUCCGUUCGGCUCGCAAACAGCUGCACCAGCAUUCGGGCAAACUACGUUUGGAAGUCAAUCUGGAGGAACCAGAAUACAGCCUUAUGUACAAACACCUGAUGCUGACACUGCUGCAAGUGGUUCUCAGCCUGCUGCAAAACUUGAUUCCAUAUCAGCCAUGCCUGCAUACAAAGAGAAGAGUCAUGAAGAAUUGAGGUGGGAAGAUUACCAGCGUGGGGACAAAGGUGGACCAAACUCUUCUGCAACUCCAGCAGCAGUGAACAACUUCUUAUCUCAACAGCCGAAUUUUCAAUCAAAUCAACCAGCACCUGCGAAUCCAUUUACUAACCCUUCGGCCUCACCUUUUUCGAGUGCUUUUGGUACUACUCCGAACCCGUUUUCAUCGUCUGCAACUACUACCUCCUCGUUUGGACAAACAAGUGGGUCUACAUUCCCAGCAAACACUUCAUCUUCUCUAUUUGGAAAUAAUACCACUACUUCACUAUUCAACAACCCAAAUCCCUUCAAUGCUGGGUCAUCCAUUAGUAAUAGCACUCAAUCAUCUGGGCUGUUUACGUCUUCUCCUCUAAUGGGGCAGCAGCCAUUUAGCCACUCAUUUAACCAGCAAUCAAGUACUCCAGCUUUCUCCACCAGUAUGUUCAAUACAUCUAACAUCGGAAGCACUGGAGGGAUGUUUGGCAACACAUCUUCACCUUUUCAGACACCAUCAUUUCAACAAUCUACCCCUAUUCAACCUACAAACUCGUUCUCAUUCCAACCUCAGACUCAACCAGCUUUGACAGGUGGAUUCUCUGGUGUUUCCAACCUGAUGAGUAUGGCUCCAUUCGGACAGCAAACUACUAGCCAGUCCAAUAUGGUAUUGCAGCCGACUCUUGUUUCAAAUCCCUUUGGGACACUUCCAUCAAUGCCUCAGAUGUCCAUUGGGAAUGGUGGAUCCUCACCUUCUAUCCAAUAUGGGAUAUCAAGUUUGCCGGUUGCUGAGAAGCCCCUUCCGAGCAGAACAUUAUCCAUGGUGGUUCCUAGGCAUUUAUCACAGAGGAGGAUAAAGCUGCUGCCACGAAAAUAUAAUGCAACAUCUGAUGGCAAGGUUCCAUUCUUUGCUGAUGAUGAAGAAUCCCCUGUAACACCAAAAGCGGAUGCCUUUUUCAUCCCUAGAGAGAACCCAAGAAGUCUGAUAAUCCGUCCAACAGACCAGUGGCCUUCACGUAGUACGGUUGGCCAACAAUCAAUUCCAAGGGAUUCAACUGAUAAUGGCAAACAUAAAGAUGCUUUUUUUGGGAGGGAGCACAAUAAGGCUGCCAUGACACCAACUCGGUCUGGUACAGUGGACAAUGGCAUCCACAUUGAUAACCAUCGUGCAUCAAGCGAGCCUGGGGCCGUGACACCGCCUGUGAAUGGUGCUACCGUUGAGAAGAUGGUGCCUAAGCUCUCCCAGGCAGAUUACUUCACGGAGCCCAGUCUAGAGGAGCUUGCUGCCAAAGAACGUGCCGAGCCAGGCUACUGUAGUCAGGUUGUAGACUUCAUUGUUGGGCGUGAAGGCUAUGGCAGCAUCAAAUUCUUGGGAGAAACUGAUGUGAGGGGCCUUGAUCUGGAGUCAACUGUGGAAUUCAGUAACCGUGAAGUGAUUGUGUACAAGGACGAUAGCAAGAAGCCCCCAGUUGGCGAGGGCCUGAACAAAGCUGCUUUGGUGACCCUCCUGAACAUCAAGUGCAUGAAUAGGAAGACGGACGAGCAGUACACGCAAGGUCCGAGGUUUGACAAGUUCAAGGAGAUGCUGGUGAAGAAGGCUGAGGAACAGGGAGUGGAGUUUAUCUCGUUUGAUGGCGCCAAGGGCGAGUGGAAGUUCAGAGUGAAGCACUUCAGCUCCUACGGGUUUGGUGAAGCCGAAGCCGACCACCUGGCUGAUUCCUUGUAGCUUUAUCGAUAGGUGUUGUAAUUGCUGCCUCUUUUGGAUGAUUGGUGAACACUCGAUUCUAUGUAGCUUUGGUCGAUGUAGCUGAUCUGGUCUGGGAGAAUAUUGGUUGUGAUGCUUUUGUUCUCUGAAUGCUGCUAUGAGUUCCUUCCCAUGUUUUUCUGUACAUAUCUUUUUUCAUUGAAGAAUGCACAAAAGUUACAUUCUGGCACCAA